CUGUGGAUGUUACUGUUUCAUAAUGCACAUGGAUGCAUUGGGGAUGUGUGUUUUUCUUCCAAUCGUGUGCGUACAAGACAUGCAAAAUAGCAGUAUGAGCAGUUUUCUCUGGUGUGGUGUGCAAGAACAAAUGAUUUGCAUUUUCCGCAAACUGCACAAGUUAUUAACCUCAAACCCCCUCACACACACACACACACACACAUGCACAGGUCCAAGAUGCCAGGAUAGUAGAGGUGGCCAACGACAGGACAGACACGUACCUGCAGGCCAUAAGACCUCAGAUCACUCCUCAGCUCCAGCUGGUGGUCAUCGUCUUUCCCACCUCCAGAGAUGACAGAUAUGCUGCAGUGAAAAAACUCUGCUGCAUUGAGAAACCGAUACCGUCCCAGGUAAGGAUGUGGUACAUGUCCCAUACCCAUACUGCCUGGUCUCCAUUCCAUGUCAGGUGAUCAACGCCAGGACCAUCUCGGCUCAGCAGAAACUGCGGAGUGUGUCUCAGAAGAUAGCUCUGCAGAUAAACUGCAAGUUGGGAGGAGAGCUGUGGGCACUCCACAUACCUGUGAAAAACCUGAUGAUAGUUGGUAUAGACGUUUACCAUGACGCAGUUCUCGGGAAAUCUCGUUCCAUCACUGGAUUUGUUGCCAGCACUAAUCCUCACAUGACCAGGUGGUACUCGAGGGUUGCCAUCCAGGGACCUCAACAAGAACUGGUGGAUGGACUGAAACUGUGCUUUAGAGCUGCCCUUCAGAAAUACCAUCAGGAGAACGGGGGACUGCCAGAGAGGAUCAUAGUGUACAGAGAUGGAGUGGGAGACGGGAUGAUGCACACCGUGGCUCAGUAUGAAGUCCCGCAGAUGACCUCGUGUUUCACUGACCUCUUUGGGGAGUCCUACCAGCCCAAGAUGGCGGUGGUAGUGGUGCAGAAGAGGAUCUCCACCAGAAUAUUCUGUCGCUCUCCGAGAACUGGGCUAGAAAACCCUCCCCCGGGAACCGUGGUAGACCACACCAUCACACGCAGGGGCAUCUAUGAUUUCUUCCUGGUGAGUCAGAAGGUGCGCCAGGGAACGGUGACCCCCACCCAUUACACGGUGGUCCAUGACUCGUCUACUCUGAAACCAGAUCACAUGCAGAGAAUGGCUUACAAGAUGACCCACAUGUACUACAACUGGCCUGGAACGAUCCGUGUGCCUGCCCCCUGUCAGUAUGCCCAUAAGCUAGCGUUCCUGGUGGGUCAGAGUCUGCACAAGGACCCAGCCCUCGAGCUAGCAGACCGCCUCUUCUUCCUCUAAACAGACCAUAACAAGAGAAUUUCCUAACAAACUACAGCUGCUGUGCUCGUUACUCAGAAACUCAUUUAUCACUUUGCUUUGCUUUAUCAUCACCUCAUCUCACACAAUCAUGAUUCCAACAAAUUGUAUUACUUAACAUUUUAUUUUCCCUAAUUCGUCACACAUUGUCUCCCCCACUUAUACUGCAUUUCAUUGCCAUGACUAUACUUGUCCAAACUCACUGCAGGUUGUAUAUAGCAAUUAUUUAAAUGAACAUUGUAUGAUUGACGAGCCAAGUAUAUAUGGCAAGUAAAGUGAGUCGUCUAGUGACAAGCAAUCAUGCCACAUGUUGAUCCAUUACUGGCAAACCUACCUACAAGUUGUUUCAAUACACGA